UUCUGCUGCGGCUCCACCUAAGUGGCCUCGUCCAUCCCGCGCCAGGUGGCGUGAUGAGAGGAGUAGGGAGCAGCGUCAGUUUUAGGGAUCGCUAAACGUGGCGACCCCAUGGCCCCGCUUGGAGGCGGCCCGCGGCUGGUGCUGUUGUUCAGCGGGAAGAGGAAGUCCGGGAAGGAUUUUGUGACCGAGGCGCUGCAGAGCAGACUCGGAGCUGACGUCUGUGCGAUCCUCCGGCUCUCCAGUCCACUCAAAGAACAGUUUGCUCAGGACCAUGGCUUGGACUUCCAGAGGCUCCUGGACGCCAGCACCUACAAGGAGGCCUAUCGGAGGGACAUGAUCCGCUGGGGAGAGGAGAAGCGCCAGGCUGACCCGGGCUUCUUCUGCAGGAAGAUUGUGGAGGGCGUUUCCCAGCCCGUCUGGCUGGUGAGUGACACACGGAGGAUGUCCGACAUCCAGUGGUUUCAGGAGGCCUAUGGGGCUGUGAUGCAGACGGUCCGAGUGGUGGCCUCAGAGCAGAGCCGACAGCAGCGGGGCUGGGUCUUCAUUCCAGGGGUGGACGAUGGUGAGUCAGAAUGUGGCCUGGACAACUUUGGGGGCUUUGAUUGGGUCAUCGAGAACCAUGGAGAUGAGCAGCGCCUGGAGGAGCAGUUGGAGAACCUGAUCGAAUUUGUCUGCUCCAGACUGUAGUUGUGAGGUCCCAGGGGUACGGGGGGUGGGGCUGCCAAAGUGAGGGUGGGGCUGGCUCUGCCAGACAUGUGGUCGCUGAUGCUGGCUGAGGUGAGGCAGCAAACAGAGGACCUGGGUCUAGAUUUCUGGAGGCUGGCAGAUGUCAGGUCAAGAAACCUGCAGGGACCUCAAUUCUUUAUCGAGAGGACAGCCCUACCUCUUUAGGGAGUAGAUGUAAGGGGCCAAGGGGGGUCAGCUGGCUGUGCUUGGAGCAGAGUCGUCACCACCUGCACAAGUGCUGGGCCUGUCAUCUUCCUGUCUGAUGCUCACAGCCUCUUCCUCUGGGCAAGAGCUGGGGGCCCCCAUGUGGAUGCUAAUAAACCUCCUUGGAGCACA